GAUCCCGCCGACUCGAAUCAGUGGGCUCGCGGAUCAAAGGCAGAUUGAGUAAUUAGGUUACCGUUUCUGUCUCGCCUACUCCGAAAUCUCUCCUCUCCCACGACGCGUCGCCAUCGCCAUUGCCGUCGCGAGCUCUUCCUCUUCCUCCAUAGCGCCGACGAAGGACGACGGAAGACGGACGGUGGAAGACGGCCGGCUGCGCCAGCUGAUCUUGGGACACUUUGGAUCUGCAUAGUACCAUGGAAUCAAAACAACUUCAGUCAUCAUCUUCACCACCUGUUGUGGCUCCUGGCAAUCAAAACUAUGCUUCAAAUGGGCAAGAUGCUUCUGCAAGACAGACACCAUCGCUGUUUUCUGCUUCUGGCAUAUCCUCAUGGGCUAGAAGGCUCAAAAUUCCACAGCCAUCGGGCCAAGAGGAUUCACAGCCUGGAAAUGCGGGAAAGUCCCCAUUUGCACGUUUCACUAGUGGUUUUGGAUUACAUUCAUCUCCAAAAUCUCCUCAGCAAGAUGAGAGUGCUGAGGGUACCUCAACAACCACCCAACCUGGUGUCCUGGGAUCGCUGACAAGAGGCUUGGUGGACUCAUCUAGAAGUGCAGUAAAGGCUGUACAAGUCAAGGCUCGCCACAUAGUUUCUCAGAACAAAAGAAGAUAUCAGGAAGGCGGAUUUGAUUUAGAUAUGACAUAUAUUACGGAGAACAUUAUUGCUAUGGGUUUCCCUGCAGGCGAUAUGAGCUCAGGUUUUUUUGGAUAUGUUGAGGGAUUCUACCGCAAUCAUAUGGAAGAAGUAAUCAAGUUUUUUGAAACACAUCAUAAGGGAAAAUACAAAGUGUACAAUCUCUGUUCAGAGAGGCUAUAUGAUGCAUCACUAUUUGAGGGAAAGGUGGCUUGUUUCCCAUUUGAUGAUCAUAAUUGCCCUCCAUUCCAACUUAUUACAUCAUUUUGUCAAAGUGCCUACUCGUGGUUGAAGGAAGACAUCGAAAAUGUGGUGGUAGUUCAUUGCAAAGCUGGUAUGGCGAGGACAGGUUUAAUGAUUUCUAGUCUUCUUUUAUACUUGAAGUUCUUUCCGACUGCUGAAGAGUCCAUUGAGUACUAUAACCAGAAAAGAUGUAUAGAUGGGAAGGGGCUUGUUCUCCCAAGUCAGAUUAGGUACGUGAAAUAUUUUGAACGUAUCUUAACAUACUUCAAUGGUGAAAAUCAGCCAGGCCGGAGGUGCAUGCUCAGGGGUUUUCGUCUUCAUAGAUGCCCCUACUGGAUUAGGCCUUCUAUUACUAUCUCCAAUCAUAAUGGUAUCCUCUUCUCAACAAAGAAGCAUCCAAGGACUAAGGACUUAAUGCCUGAAGAUUUCUGGUUCAGCGCACCAAAGAAGGGAAUCAUGGUAUUUGCUUUACCAGGGGAACCUGGUCUGACAGAGUUGGCUGGUGAUUUUAAAAUUCAUUUUCAUGAUCGUCAAGGAGAUUUUUACUGUUGGUUAAAUACAACAAUGAUUGAAAACAGGAAGAUUUUGAGCACUUCUGAUCUUGACGGCUUUGACAAGAGAAAAUUGCCAUCUCCAGGGUUCCAGGUUGAGGUUGUACUUGUAGGUCACGAUGGGUCACAUCCUCCAAGGCCCACCAGUGCAACUGUCAAGAAGGAAUCUGAUGGAAGCUCUUCUGCUAGCACUGCCGCACACGAAAAUAACACACCACAUCCUAAACCUAGUAAGGACCGAGGUAGCCAAGAUAAGGAUGACGUCUUCUCUGAUAGUGAAUCAGAAGAGACCAGCUCUUCUAAGAGCAGGCGUGACAAGGUGGCUCGCAAUGUAGGAGGGUCUGCCAGUACUGCUAAUGGACCUGAAAUGAAGGCUUCGCAAGAGGCAGGAACCUUGACACAAGCUGUCGAGCAACUUUCCCUGAAAAGUGAAGGCCAGGCUGCAAAGGCUUCUGAUGCUAAUGAAGUGAGAAGGGACGGGAACAGUAAGAGUGCAGCAGUAUCACGCCCCCCUGAUUUGGAAUCAAAUAGCAUGAGUGAAUUCAAGGCAAUCGCUGCAGAUGCUUCUGUCUUUUCAUUUGGUGAUGAAGAAGACUAUGAAAGUGAGUGACCCUGCUGAGAUUCAUCACACUUUGUACAUAGAUGCCCGUGAAGGAUUUAUAUUAAAGGUGCAACAAAGAGAUGUGUAACGCGUCUGAUCUGGGAAGGGCAAGUUGAAAUUUUAUUUAUUCUUGUAUUUCAUUGCAAUUUGUAGCUUUGUACAUUUUAUCAUUAUGGUUUUCAUGGUUUGGAUGAAUAUAUGAUUGGAUUCAGACCAUUUUCUGAUGACAAUUAUUAUGGACUGACCACUUUCAAUAAAAUAAUAGCAUGGAGUAAGCACAUUUUCAUGCAAAA